AUGUCUCCCGACUAUGAAUCACUCGAUGCCCCCGAUGGGUCAUCGUUAACCUGGAUCUUUGAUCAUUGCUUGCGUUACGCCGACCAAUACGAAAUCUCUCUUCGCGCUGCUUACGAGCUCAACUGCCAUCCCACCAAAAGCACCAUGGCAAGCUCCAACACUCCUUCCGUGUUGUCUCGCAACUCGGUGUGGUCGAAGGCAUCCAAGUCUACCCACCGCAGCUCCGACACGCCUUCUUUUGAUGGUGAUGCCAAUGCCCAGUUUCGUGCAUUCCUCACCCGUACUGUUUCCCAACUGCCUUCCCAGCCCUGCUCGCUGCCUCCGAGCUUCACUACCUCUUUUGUGCGCCGUUGCUUCUGUUUGGACCUGGCCGAAGUCGACUUUGCCCAGGCCUUGACUGCCCUUGAUUACCUGAAAGAUCUUCAGGACCGUUGGAAGAAGGAAAUCGAUGCCGCUUUCCGUCGCUUGAAUGUGACUGCCGAUGAUGCUCGGGAUCCUAAGAACUCGGAGCUGGCUCGUCAGUACCCUGGUGUGAUGACCUGGUACCAGGAAAUCAACGGAAAGGCCCGCAUGAUCGACUUCUUGUACACUCAAGUCUAUGUCGGUCUCCGUCGCUGGAUCUUGAUCAAUGAAAUGAUGCUUGAGCCGUACAACAAGCCUAACUGCCUGGCUCUUCUCAACACGCUACUGCCACCUGUUCACGCCGCAAGUCUGACUCCGACCCAGCAACUCGCACCAAAGACACUGGAAAACCACCGCGAUGCAUUCUUCACUUUCAUCAUCAAGUUUGAGGAGAACCCCAGAAUCUUGGACCCUAUUAUGAAGCAAGGCACCCGUCCGGGUGAUGACAACGCCUGGCCUGCGGUGUACGAUACCAUGGACAGAUACCUGACUGCCGUCGUCGAGGUGAUUGACGAGUGCGCCCUAAUCAACGACCGAUCUGAAGUCGCCAAGAGCAGCUCGCGCCGCACCGAUUCGGGAAUCAGCUUCGCCGCCUCUACCUCGCGCCCAAUUUCCCGCCCUUCAACCUCCUACUCCCAGGAAUCCCAGGACAGUGAGAAGCCUCUUCCCAACUUCCCCGCACCCCCUGUCAUGAGCAAGCACGGAUCCAUCUUGGAGCGCUUCGCCAGCUCGAUGUCAGGGUGGACCAAAAAGGAUUCUAAGAAGGAUCUCAAGAAGGAGCAGAAGAAGGAGCUGGCCCGGAGCCUCAAGAAGAUGAAGUCCUACAAGGAUAUAUCCGGUCGCCCUGAUAGCUCUUCCAACCCGCAGCAAACUUCGCCCAACUUCAACACAAAAAUGCUCUUCGAUAUGACCGAAGAGAAGCGCCAGCGCCUCAUUGACGAGGCCAGAGCUCGCAAACAAAUCGACGCGCCCGCCCACAUCCAUCCUGAUGCCAUUGCCGUGGCCAUCUAA